CCAGUGCCAUCAAGUCACCAUGGCACCCUCCAAGAAGGCAGGAAUGAAAGGCAAGAUGGGCGGUUUGCUGGGCGGUGGAGGAGGAGGAGGAGGAGGCGGAGGUGCGGCAGGAAGCAGUAACAAAACGUCCAAGAUCGCAAAGGCCGAUUACUCUGAAGGAUUCAGAAAGAAGAAGUCUGCUGGUGUACCGGACAUGACAUUACUCAGUACGAUCACCAACGAGGAGAUCAAUAAGAAUCUCAAAGACAGAUUCUUCAACCAGGAGAUCUAUACCUACAUUGCCCAUGUCUUGAUCUCUGUGAACCCAUUCCGAGAUCUCGGUAUAUAUACCGAGGAAACGCUCAGCUCGUACAGGAACAAGAACAGACUCGAGAUGCCACCUCAUGUAUAUGCCAUCGCUGAAACGGCCUACUACAAGAUGACGAAUGAGAAAGAGAAUCAAUGUGUUAUCAUCUCUGGAGAAUCCGGAGCAGGCAAGACCGAAGCUGCAAAGAGGAUCAUGCAGUAUAUCGCAGCUGUUAGUGGUGGAGAGACGGGAGCAGGAGGAAUCGAAGGUAUCAAAGAGAUGGUAUUGGCCACGAAUCCAUUGUUGGAGAGUUUCGGAUGUGCAAAGACCCUGAGGAACGAUAAUUCAAGUCGACAUGGUAAAUAUCUCGAAAUCAUGUUCAAUGGAAUGGGUCAGCCGGUCGGAGCUCAGAUCACAAACUACCUGUUGGAGAAAGGUCGAGUCGUGCAGCAGAUCCGGAAUGAACGAAACUUUCACAUCUUCUACCAGUUCACUAAAGCGGCAAGUGCAGCUCAGCGAGAGGCAUUCGGCCUGCAAGGUCCAGAGGCGUAUGGUUACACGAGCAGAGGCAACUGUCUCGAUGUCUCCAGUAUAAACGACGCCAACGAUUUCAAGGAGACGAUUCGUGCCAUGGAAGUCAUUGGUCUCUCCGCAGACGAACAAAAUUCCAUCUUCAAAACUAUCGCCUCUAUCCUCUGGCUCGGAAACCUUGACUUUGUUGAAGGGGAUGACGGCAAUGCCCAGAUCUCCGACGCUGGCGUGGUCGACUUUGCGGCCUAUCUCCUGGACACGGACCCUGCGGCAUUACAGAAGGCCCUCUUAAACCGUAUCGUGGAGACGCAACGAGGUGGACGAAGAGGUUCGGUUUACGAGGUACCGCAGAAUGUUGCUCAGGCAUCUUCUGGACGCGAUGCGCUCGCCAAGGCACUGUACAACAAUCUCUUUGAAUGGAUCGUCAGCCGAGUCAACGUGUCAAUGAAACCCCAGUCAAAUCCAGAUUAUGUCAUCGGCGUCCUUGAUAUUUAUGGAUUCGAAAUCUUUGACAACAAUAGCUUUGAGCAGCUGUGUAUCAACUAUGUCAACGAAAAGCUUCAACAGAUCUUCAUCGAACUCACCCUCAAGGCCGAGCAAGAAGAGUACGUCCGGGAACAGAUCAAGUGGACGCCCAUCAAAUUCUUUGACAACGCCGUGGUGUGUGAACUUAUCGAAGGCAAAAGACCUGCGGGUAUCUUUGCGACACUCAACGACGCGACUGCGACUGCUCAUGCCGACCCUGCAGCGGCCGACAAUGCGUUCAUGCAACGUGCCAACAUGUUGUCUGCAAACCCAAACUUUGAGCCACGAGGCAACAAGUUUUUGAUCAAGCACUAUGCCGGAGAUGUGUUGUACAACGUCCCUGGAAUGACCGACAAGAACAAGGAUACGCUGGUUCGUGACAUUUUGGAUCUGAUCGAAGGAAGCAAGGACAAGUUUUUGCACACUUUAUUCCCUGAGAAAGUGGAUCACACAUCGAAGAAGCGUCCACCGACUGCUGGUGACAAGAUUCGACAGUCUGCCAACGAUCUAGUGACCAACUUGAUGCGAUGUCAACCACACUACAUCCGGACGAUCAAACCCAAUCAAAACAGAUCGCCGUCGGAAUACGACGACAAGGCCAUUCUUCAUCAAAUCAAGUAUUUGGGUCUACAGGAGAAUAUCCGAGUGCGUCGAGCAGGUUUUGCAUACCGUGCGGAAUUCAGCAAGAUGAUACAGAGGUUCUACUUAUUGUCCCCUGCUACAUCUUACGCUGGAGACUAUAUCUGGCAGGGUGACGACCGAUCCGGUUGUGAACAGAUCCUUCGAGAUGCCAAGAUCGCAAAGGACGAAUGGCAAAUGGGAACAACGAAAGCUUUCAUCAAGAACCCAGAAACGCUAUUCUACCUGGAGGGCGAACGAGAUAGAUACUGGCACACGAUGGCUACUCGUAUUCAACGUGCCUGGCGAGCCCACGUGAGACGGAAGCACGAAGCUGCGACCAAGAUCCAACGAUUCUGGAAGAACCAGAAAGAGUCGCUGGUAUAUGCGAGGAAGCGCGAUUACGGUCACGAGGUCUUGGCGGGCAGAAAAGAGCGAAGAAGAUUCAGUUUGCUCGGAAUGCGCAAAUUUAUGGGCGAUUACCUCGAUGUCGGCGGCACAAGUCCACAAGGAGAGCUGCUGAGGAAUGCUGCGAAUCUGUCACCCUCCGAAACGGUCCACUUCAGCUCGAGAGCAGAGUUGCUGGUGUCAAAACUCGGUCGAUCUUCCAAGCUCAGUCCGAGAUUCUUGAUCAUCACCGACAAGGCGGUCUACUUUGUCGUCUCGGCUGCUUCAAAAGAGGGCGGAGUGACGACCUCGCUUGAGCGGAAAAUCCCUCUGGUGACGAUCAGGCAGAUCUCCAUGACCAAUCUGAGGGACGACUUUGUGGCUUUGAACGUCAACGCGUGCGAGGAGGGCGAUCCUAUCUUCACCUGUUCGCUAAAGACUGAGAUGAUGUGUGUCAUCUUGACAUUGACCGGAGGUAAUCUCGGAGUCGCCAUCGGGCCCACCAUCGAGUACGCAAAGAAGAAGGACAAGAGAGCGACCAUCAAAGCUGUCAAGGACGAGUCUGUACGCAAUGAUGGAGUGUACAAGAGUCAUACCAUCGCCGUGGGAUCUGGAGAGCCUCCAAACAGCGUGUCGGACCCUAUGCCGCCGCGGAAUCCAAAGGUCAAAAAGGCUGCCAAAGCUGCACCUGCUGGAAUGGCGGGUCGAUCUGCAAGUAGACCGACUGCCAAAGCUCUGCCCGGUGCAGCCAAACCAGCUCCUCCACCUACAGUUGGCGGAGGAGCUGCCACGCCAGUCUCGCCCAAAGCUGUCAAAGCGCCCGCUACAGGAGGUGGGGCCGCUCGAGCUCCUCCUCCUAUUCCGGGUGCUAGUCGUGCGCCACCAGCUCCUCCUCCCGCCGCGCCACCAAAGGACAUGUACAAGGCCCUGUACAACUUUACAGGACAGGAUGGGGAGAUGAACCUGACGAAGGGAGAGUUGGUCGAGGUCAAGGAGAAGGAUGAUAAUGGCUGGUGGAUGGUCGUCAAAAAUGGGAAAGAGGGCUGGGCUCCAUCCAACUACCUCAAGCUUGUCGAGCAAUCGGCUCCACCGCCCCCUCCACCACCUCCUGCAGGACGUCGAGCUCCUCCAGCUCCGGCUGCUACCGCGACUGCCGCGGCCAACGGCGGGUCCAGUUCCAGACCCAACUCUGUGAUCGGCAACAAGGGUCCUGCUCCGGCGCCUAAACCUAAACCUGUUAUUCCUGCCAAGCCGAGUAUCCCAGCGGCAAGCACGAAACCUACGGUGGGUGCCACUGGUGCUGGUGUUGGUGCUGGUCCAGGAGGUCGACCACCUAUCCCUACGGCAUCGGUCAAACCUGCGGCUUCGAACGGGCCCAAACCUGGAGCUGUGAAAAAGCCAGCGGCUGCCGGAGGUCAAUUGGAUCUGGCUGCAGCACUGGCUAAACGAGUUGCUCGUGGACCUCAAGAGGACGAUUAGAAUGAAUGAGAGUGAAUAUUUUUUCUUGGAUUUCUUCUAGCGCGACUCGCAAUGAAUGUGAUU